AUGCCGGAGAAAUCAGAACUAUUCGUUCCAGAGACCCUGCCUGUACAGGCGGCUGACGAGCAAUAUUCGAUUGGUGACGACGACAUCAAGAAACUGGAAAGGCGACUCGUAUGGAAGCUUGACACCAGAAUCCUCCCACCUUUAGCACUUCUAUACCUGGCCAACUUCGUUGACCGAUCAAAUGUCGGAAAUGCCAAAAUCUUGGGCCUCGCAACAGACCUCAACCUCAACAACCACCAAUAUGCCGUUGCACUCAGCAUCUUUUUCGUCUUCUAUGUCGUCUCGGAGCUUCCUUCCAACCUGGUGCUCAAGAGGAUGACGCCAAAAUUCUGGCUUCCUUUCUUGGUCUUUGUGACAGGCAUCAUCGUCAUGUGCAUUGGGUUUGUCAAGACGUAUGGUCAAUUCGUUGCAGUCCGCGCACUGCUGGGUACCUUUGAAGGAGGUCUCUACCCCGGUUCGCUUCUGCUUCUGUCGACCAUGUACACGCGAGAAGAACUGGCCCUGCGCGUCGGUAUCUUCUACUCGAGCGCUUCGCUAUCCGGGGCAUUUGGGGGCCUUCUUGCCCGAGGGCUGUCGGCCAUCCCAGCCACAUCCACCGUGCAUGGCAGUUGGCGAUGGAUCUUCAUUAUCGAGGGCCUCAUCACAUGUGUGGUUGCCGUCGGAGCAUACUUUGUGCUCCCCAACUCUGUGGAGACGGCGUAUUUCCUGUCUCCUGAGGAAAGAAAACUGGCCAGAGCACGGUUGGAAACAUCGCAUCAGACAUCGAUACUGUCAACCGAACCCGAGAAGUUUCGGUGGUCUGAAGUGCGUCGAGGCAUCCUGUCGCUUCAGCUUUUCUUCUCGGGCACGGUCUAUUUCUCCAUCUGCUGCGCCCUGUUCUCGUUCAGUCUAUUCUUGCCUUCGAUCGUCCAGUCACUCGGAUACACGGCGAACGAGGCUCAGUUACUGUCGGUGCCACCGUAUGCGCUGGCCUCGAUCGUCGGCGUCUGCGUGGCUUUUGUUUCUGAUCGUCUGCGGGUACGCGGGAUGCUCAUCCUGUUCACGCUGCCGCUCGCCAUUAUCGGAUACGCCUUGAUAGCACGGGUCGAUAGCAAUGUGACCAAAUACGGCCUCACCUUCCUGAUGGCGUCGGGGGUAUAUGGUUCAGUCCCGCCACUGUUGGUCUGGAUCCUCAACAACAGUGCCGGCCACUACAAGAGGGCAACCGCCGGUGCCUUGCAAGUGUGCACUGCGAACAUGGGAGGCAUCGUCGCCGCGUUUCUCUACCCGAACAACGAGAAGCCAUAUUACGUGAAGAGCCACCACAUCGUGCUGGGAGUUUUGUGUUACGCAUGGCUAGGUGUAUUGCUCAAUGUCCUCCAUAUCCGCAAGAUCAACCGGGAUAAAGCCAACGGGAAAUACGACCAGUAUAUCGGGUACGGCGAUGACCGUGAGCCGUCGUUCAAGCUUGUAUUGUAG